CCGUCUCCUCCCUGCCCCCCCCCUCCAUGCUUGGACUUUGACGUCGUCGAGUGACGGGGCUCCAAAGCUGCUGCUGGCCGCCUUCAGAUCCCCCUCUGCCUUCCACCGAGACGGACCACGGCCCCCCUCCCCAGCAAAGCCUUUGGAUCAAAGGAUGUGAAGUUGGAUACUCUCAGCUUUCCCAGUCAGCGAACCUGCAUGGAUAGAAACCACGUGGCUAAGGGGCUGCGACAAAAACACAGCCAAAACCAAGGGGCCUCAGGACUGGCGCCGGAGAUGACUAACCAUGUGGAGGUCCCCCUGGCAGACGGUCCUUCCCACAUUAGCCUGGAAGAGUUACCGAGACCGUGCCUCGAUCGGCACUGUGGCUGGCUGAUGCGAAAUGCGCUGCUCACCUUGACCAUACUUGGGGUGAUCUUGGGCUCUGUGUUUGGCAGUCUCUUGAGGUUGCUCCCGCCGCUGGAUAGUGACCUGCUUAUGUUGAUUUCUUUUCCUGGUGACAUCCUCAUGCGGAUGUUGAAAAUGCUCAUCUUGCCCCUCGUGAUCUCCAGCCUAAUUUCCGGUCUGGCUAGCCUUGACGCCAGGUCCAGCGGGCGCAUGGGCACUCGCGCCAUGGUCUAUUACAUGUCAACCACAGUGCUGGCGGCCAUAUUGGGGGUCAUCCUCGUCCUGUCAAUCCACCCGGGCAACCCAAAACUCAGGAAAACACCCACCGUGAUGACCAAAAACGAGGAAGUCUCCAGUCUGGACGCUUUUCUGGACCUGAUUCGGAACUUGUUCCCUGAAAACCUAGUGCAGGCCUGUUUCCAGCAGAUCCAAACUGUCUCGACGAAGGUCUCUGUGCCGCCCGUGGUUGUGCGUAAGGAAAACAUCAGUCAGAUAGUCCGUGCCAAUGGUUCGGUACUCAACGCUACCAUAACAGAAGUCAACGUGGGCCCGAGCACCGUGACACAGAAGCGGUUGGAAUUCAAAGAUGGGAUGAAUGUUUUGGGUCUGAUUGGGUUCUUCAUAGCCUUUGGGAUCUGCAUGGGAAAGAUGGGCGAGCAGGCAAAGCCCGUGGCCGACUUCUUCAACAUCCUCAAUGAGAUCAUCAUGAAGCUGGUCUCUAUGAUCAUGUGGUAUUCACCGUUCGGCAUUGCCUCGCUGAUCUGCGGCAAGAUCGCAGCUAUCAAAGACCUGGAGACGGUGGCUCGGCAGCUGGGCAUGUACAUGGUGACUGUCGUGGUGGGCUUGGUCAUCCACGGAGCUCUGGUGCUGCCGCUCAUCUUUUUCCUCAUCACCCGUCAGAACCCCAUCAUCUUCUACGCGGGCAUCUUCCAAGCCUGGAUCACGGCCCUUGGCACCGCUUCCAGUGCUGGCACGCUGCCCGUUACUUUCCGUUGCCUUGAAGAGAACCUGAAAAUUGACAAGCGGGUGACGCGCUUUGUGCUGCCCAUCGGUGCCACUAUCAACAUGGAUGGCACUGCUCUCUAUGAGGCGGUGGCUGCCAUCUUCAUUGCCCAGAUGAAUAGUAUAACCUUGGACGGCGGACAGAUAGCAACAGUCAGUAUAACAGCCACAUUGGCCAGUGUCGGAGCAGCUAGUAUACCUAGUGCGGGGUUAGUCACCAUGUUGCUAAUCCUGACAGCCGUGGGACUCCCCACUCAAGAUAUCAGCCUCCUCAUUGCCGUGGACUGGCUAUUAGAUCGCAUGAGAACCUCCAUCAACGUGGUGGGCGAUUCCUUUGGCGCCGGCAUCAUCCACCACCUCUCGCAGAAAGAGUUGGCGAUCCUCGACGGCCGGUCUGAGGGGCGCGGGCCGGACUCCAUUGCCCUCAAACUGCAGGUCGUGGGCAACCACCAGGUUUCACGGGAAGGUUCUAUCGGGUCGGAGUAUACAGCCCUCCCCAGCCAGGAAGAUGAGGAGGAAGAAGAAGAGCGACCAGAAAAAAUAGAUGCAGCAUCACAGUACAGUGAGAAGGACGAAGAAGGACCUGCAGAUGACGAAGAGAAGAAAGAGGAAGACGAAGAAUGACUCUUCCUCCCUGUCCCCCAGACCCCCCUUAUUAGCUGCUGCUGGCUUCAGCAAGACAGAGGGGUGGGAGAAAACACACUGGUUUAUUAUCGUGAUCCAAUUGGCAAUAUUUCAUAUCUAUAGCCAGCACCUAAGCAAUAGGUGGCUUGUGGUGGAGUCUCCUUCUUUGGAGGUUUUUAAACGGAAGCUGGCUGGCCACCUGUCAGGAGUGCUUUGAUUGUGUGUUCCUGCAUGGCAGGGGGUUGGACUUGAUGGCCCUUGGGGUCCCUUCCAACUCUAUGAUUCUAUGACUUUUCCCUACGCCCUCCCUGGUUAUUUUAUCAAAUUUCUAAAACUACAAUCCUGAUUUCCAGACUGGCUGAUUGCCCUCACAGAGACUUCCAGUUUUCAAAAAAAAUCUCUGUCGGUGACUUGCUGCAUUAUUCUGAUCCAUGGGUAAUUUCCAACCUUAAUGCCUCUCGCGAGGGCCCUUCCGCACAGGCAGAAUAACGCACUUUCAAUCCACUUUCACCAUUGUUUGCAAGCGGGUUUUGCUAUUCCGCACAUUGAAAUCCAGCUGCAAAGUGCAUUGAAAGUGGAUUAUUCUGCAUGUGCGAAAGUGCCUUAUAUUACUUUCAGCCUGUUUUGCUAAUUUGGGAUUCUCCGGUGGCCUCCAGGACUGACCUUGCUUAGCUUCUGAGAUCUGAUAAGGUCAAGCUAGCCUGGACCGUCCAGAUCAGAGCAAAAGACAGUGUGUGUGUCUGUGCGCAUGUGUUUGUUCGUGUGCAAGCGUGUGUUUUGAAGGCUGGAUGUAACUUGUAUGCCCCUUUAAGGAAGCCACUCCCCUUGUUCUUGGCAGGAAAAAACACUGACCUUCCUUUUAGAUCAGUAGGCGCGUGCAUGUAGGAAGCUGUCCUGCACUGAGCGCUGCAUUUUAGCACCACAUUUCCCAUCUUGGCUGGUGGCCAGCAGGGAAAGGCCUUUGCCCGCCACCUGCAACAAGAGAUCUGCUUUGCUGGAGAGGCCAGACAAUGAAGGUCCCUGCGGCUCUUUCAGUACACUCAGAAUAAUGAACUUCCAAUCCACUGUCAUCUAUGCCAAUAAAGGCUUGCUAAAGGCAAUCCACUUUCACAAUUGUUUGCAAGUGGAUUUUGCUCUUCCGCACAGCUGCGAAGUGGAUCGAACGUCCAUUAUUUCUGCAUGUGCGGAAGGGGCAAACCAGUGGCUGCCGCACAGGGCUCCGUGGCAAAGGCUGCGCCCCCAGAAUGGUUUGCCCAGCUCCCAAGGGGAGAAAGAGACCAGAAAGGGAUUGCAGGGAGGUGGGGGAGGGGGGGUUGGGGAGUGGAAAGGCCUCCGUCUGUUGGGCUUAAGCAGCAGAAAGCCAGGAAUUUAAUCAAUGCCUGGGGAGAGGCAAUGACGCAAAAGGCUGCUUCAAUACGAUGGAGUCAAGCCGCCGGCGUAAUCCUGCACCAGUGAUCCCUGAAGUGGAGCUGAGUCUUAUUGCAGCAAAAGGUCCCUAAGGGAGCGUGAAGCAAGACGGGCACGUUAUGCAAUCCGUGCAAGCAAAGGCGAAAGGGGCCCAGGUACUUGCACCUCCUUCCUUACUCCAGAAGGACCUUUGGCUCUCCAGGAACUCUUCAUCCCUUACACCUUGCGCCUGUCCCAAUCCGGUUGCAGGCCACAAGGCCCCUUCCGCACAUGCAGAACAAUGCACAUUCAGUCCACUUUCACAAUUGUUUGCAAGUGGAUUUUACUAUUCCACACAGUAAAAUUCCAGCUGCAAAGUGCAUUGAAAGUGGAUUGAAAGUGCGUUAUUCUGCACGUGCAGAAGGGGUCAAAGACGCGUCCAGAUUUCUGCACUCCCUUCUGGGGGACUGGCCCUAUUGUGCCUUUCAGUGGCAUCUGCGACUCCACAUCGCCACCUACUGCUCAUAUUGGAUAUCACAUUGAUCUUCUAUCCUUAUUCCUCUCACACUCAGAAUGCGACAGGCUUUUCCAUACAUUCAGGAAUGAAUCCCAAGUCCAAUAGACUGGAUGUUUGGGGUCCUUAACAGUCCGUGUGAAUGGUUUUGAGCAAUAAAUCAGAGACGGAAGCAGA